ACCGCCAUCGCCCUUUGACACUGCCGACGGCGCCUACGACGUCGCCUAGUCCGAAUCUCACGACUCCCUCCUCAUCGCCUUCGUCAAGCUCUACAACCUCGCCCUCUCGCAGACCUCCAACCUACUCCGCUCCCACCACGAGCACACGCGUGAGGUCAGCUCCGCCGACUACAAACCCACGCGCCGCGACUCAUUGUUCACCGCCUCGUGGGACGACACCGUGAAGCUCUAGACCGUCGAACGCCCCGCCUCCAUUCGCACCUUCAAGGAGCACGCCUACUGCGUCUACUCCGCCGCCUUUGGUGUGAAGAGCUCGGAAGCUCGUUCUGAUUGUCAAUGGAGGCCUUCGAGACCUCCAGCGGUACAACCUUGAGGAAUGCUUUCGAUAAUGUCCUUUCCUUGUUCAUCCUCAUCCUGAACAUAAAGCCACCGAGCACAGCCUCAAUCAGUUUGCAGAUUCAGUAUAUACCGCAGCAUUUGGUGAGACUGUUGCAAAUUAUUGUGGACGGUAACUGCGACAUGGGUGUACGUCAGGUUGCCAGCAUCCAUUUCAAGAACUUCAUUGGAAAGAACUGGUUACCUCAUGAGCCAGAUGAGCAGAAUAAGAUAUCACAAGCUGACAAAGACGUGGUUAGAGAGCACGUUCUUGUCUUUGUUACACAGGUUCCCCCAUUGUUAAGGGUACAACUGGGUGAGUUCCUAAAGACAAUUAUUUAUGUCGAUUACCCUGAGCGGUGGCCACGACUUUUAGACUAGGUGAAGCACAACUUGCAAGACCAACAAGUUCAUGGAGCUUUGUUAGUUUUGCAGAUUCUUUCUAGAAAAUAAGAGUAAGUGUAUCAUAAUCCUAUUCUUAUGAAGUGAUUCUUAUAUAUGGUUAUUGCUUGGAGUUGCACGGCCUUCUAAAAGAAACUACAAGUUUAGCUAGUAGUUUUCCAUCUGAGGCAUACUGUGUGCUUAAUGUGUAUUUGAUCACAAGAUUGUUAUAGCAAUUAAUGAUAAAUUAUGUUCUCUUAUCUGGUGGGGAUGGCAAGAUUCCUCAUGUUUCGGUAAUGUAUAAGUGAUGGGCCAAACUUAAUUUACUGAGCAAUUGGAGAACAACAAUGCAAGUAAUGAAGUUGGUGUGGUUGGAAGAAGUGGAGUGGCUUGCAGAGCUGAGAUUAAAAUCGUUUGUUGAUGAAAGAGGUAACUAACCAUGUCACUUACAAUAUAUAUAACUGACCAGUGAGGUCAAUAUUUUGUUUA